AGCGCGCAAACACUUUCUUUUCGACGCGUUCCGCAUGUCAUUUUCAAAUAAAAGGAAAAAGUAAUAUUGUAAUACUUUUUUUUAAUAAAAAAAAUCGGUCAAACAAAUAUUUCUCCGCUUUUAAGGCUAAUAGUUUCGUGACUAACAAAUAAUUUUUAUGGGCUUUCGUGAAUUAAUAAUCAUGCAGAAAAUGUGUAAACUUAUGUAAAUUUGAAAACUAAAAAAACAUUGAAGGCGUCGAACCGAAAUCAUAUAAAAUAACAAACAGCAAAAACAAAGAAAAAUAUCAAACAAAUCAGAGGCAAAUUUUGGCACAGCAUGAGCCAAAGUUUUAAAAGUUUAAUGCACGGCAGAGAAGGAGGCGAAGGCGAUGGAGUUUCCUACUCGGAGCGUCAAUCGUCGGAGGAUGUGCCGGACUCCACAACGACAACAACGGCGACUACAACAGCCGGCGACGCUGGCGGCGGACCAAGGGAUGUAGGCGAGGAUGAUUUCACCGAUGACAACAAUUUUGAAUCAAAUUUGCGACGUCGCAAAGGAAAAAUAAUAUCCUGUGCCAAGGAGACUAUCGAGAAUGCUUCCCGCCAAUUACGCCGCAAAGUGCCCUACGCCGGUCAUUUGAUGACGCCGCGUCGCCUCUGGCUCAAUAAAAUUCCCACACAAUGUGACGUGGUUAUUGAAUUCCCCGAGGAUGCGCCAGACGAGGCGCUCCGCUGGCUCCUGGCCCGCAUACGCUCCCAGCCGCCAGCUGGUCUGGGGCUCCUCGUCCAGGUCAAGGCGCACGAGAGCACGCGCCGGAAUGCCUUCUAUGUCAGUGCCCCGGUUAAUGUCCUCUUCAGAGCCGCCGAAGAAGCCCGCCUGCCCAAGCGUCUGCGACCGGAUUUGGGUGGAGCUCUGAGGGAGUUUACCACCCGCGAAAGUCAUUGUUUCCAGCAGUUGCGCGGUGACGUCGGUAGCACGGCUCUUUUCACCUCCCAGGAGCGGCAGUGGCUAGUCCUUCAGGUGCUGCAGGGUCUGCGUGCCGGCUGCAGUGACAUCGAUGCCCUGCACGGACGGGCUGCGGUCGCCGAGGGCCAGAGCAUCGUGGCUGCUUGGCAGGAGUCCGGCCUGAUCACCCAGGUCUUCCCGCUGCACGAGCCCAGUUCGCUCACACAGCUCCAGACGCACUGGGUCAAGCAGAUAUUCGCACCGCAACCUCUGGACGACAUUGCCGCCUACUUUGGCGUAAAGGUAGCGUUAUACUUCGCGUGGUUGGGUCAUUACACCUGCGCCUUGGGCGUACCAGCAGUGUUUGGCACCAUUCUCUACUGCAUUCUGUGGGGCAAGGGUCAAACGGCCCAGGACAUGGGCCACGUACUCUUCUCUCUGUUCAAUGUAGCCUGGGCUUCACUGUAUUUGGAGGCCUGGAAGCGUUAUUCCGUGGAGUUGGCCUUUCGCUGGGGCACUUUAUCAACGCCGCCAGAGCUGCUGGAACCACCAAGGCCCUUGUAUAAGGGUCCGUUGGAGGAGAACAAUGUGACGGGUCGAUUGGAGCCCAAGGAGGCACCUGCUUGGCAGCGACGGGCGUUUCGCUAUCUGGUCAGCUUUCCCAUUAUUGGAUGUUGCCUGUGUGUGGUCUUUGCUGUGAUGUUCCUCAUGUUGCGCUUUCAGGAUUGGCUGGAUCACCAUAACAUACCAGAUAAAGGAAUUGCUCAAUGCAUGUAUAAUUUGCACAAGGAUUGGUGGGACUCCAAGUUGCCAGAGGAAAGUGUCUUAUGCUGUUUGAGUGUCAUACCGAAAGUAUUACUGGCAGGAGCCAUUACCUUGAUGGACGAGGCCUACUUUAAAUUGGCCGUUUGGCUUAAUGACCGCGAAAACUACCGCCUCCAGUCGAAAUAUGAAAAUCAUUUAAUAGCUAAGGUGGCUCUUUUUCAGUUCGUCAACUCCUUUCUAUCUCUCUUCUAUAUUGCUUUUUAUUUGAGGGAUGAGGAAAAGCUUAAAGAGCAACUAGCUGGUCUGCUCAUCUCCCGCCAAAUCAUUGGAAAUCUUCGCGAGUCUGCCAUCCCCUACUUUGUUGAACAAUGGAAACUGGCCAAGUUGAGCUUUAAUAUGUGGGGCGCUUUAAGUCCUACCCAAAAUGUGACUCGCAGUCUGGCCGAGGAACUGGCCACUGCCGAAGCGGAACUAAAAGCCGAGAGUACUGCCACGCCCACCAAGACCCAUCAGCCGGAAGCGACAAGUAAAAGGAAUAUUGGUCAGGCCGAAAUUGAGAGCUCGUUGUACAAGUACGAUGGCACUUUCUCGGACCAUUUGGAGAUGCUCGUUCAAAUGGGCUAUGUGGUGCUCUUUUCGGCCGCCUUUCCACUGGCUGGAGUUUGUGCUCUGAUCAACAACCUGAUGGAGAUUCGUUCAGAUGCCUUCAAGCUGGCCCAUGUCCAUCAGCGUCCAUUUGGUCAGCGUGUGGCCAACAUUGGCACCUGGCAAAACGCCCUGAGCAUUCUGUCGCUCGCCGCCGUCAUCGUGAAUUGCGCCCUGAUUGGCCUCUCCGGACAGGUGUCGAGGCUGUGGCCGGGAUUGACCACCGCGCAGACAAUCAUUCUGAUUGUCACCCUCGAGCACAUAAUGUUGGGUCUGCGACAGGCACUCACCUGGCUCCUGCCGGAGUUGCCCUCGUGGUUGGCGGCGGAAAUAGCACGCGCCGAGCAUUGCCGCCGGGAAAUGCAGUGCAAGGGAACCUCGCCGCGACCCACACCGCCGACCCCGCAAUCGACCACGUCCACGCAGCCGGAGCAGGAGGGUCCUGGCGGAAUGCAUAUGGAGAGCGGGGCGAAUACCACCCGAGAUCAGUCCAUGGAGAGCCAGGUGGCCGAAGAUAUGCUGCUCUAUGGACAGGAGUUCGCUGGCUAUGGACGUAACAUCGAGGCGGAUGUUAAUAUUUAUGAGAAUCGUGAUUCAUCACCCGACUCGCCGCCCUCGCAGACCAGCACCAUACUGAUUAGACCACUGCAUGAGUCAACCCCGCCGCAUGGUGGUGCCUCCCUGUCCAGUUUGCAUCCGGACGGUAAUGGCGGAGCUUAUCAGAGUUGUGUUAGAAAAUCGAAAAUUUGUAUACCGGAAAUUCCGCCAUAUCUGGGAUACUCAGUGCGAAAUUUAACAACUUUAGCUGUUAAAAAUCCGAGAAUGCAACCACAUCAGAAGCUACAAAGCGGAGCUUCUGGCAGCACGCUAGCGCUGAACUCGGCCUUAUAUGCAGCUCGCAUGCAAUCCAUGCAUAUUCAAGAAAUACCGCCAUUCCGAAAGAAAUCGACCGAUUCAGCCGAUCACACCGGCAGCAGCGCCAGCAGCAGUCCCCAGCGAACCACCAUGCGGCAACUAUCGGCGCAACGGGAGCCCCAGCAGACGAUCCCCGAGAUACCACCGUACAAGACGCGCAAGAUAUCCGCGGAGAGUGCCAUGCACCUGAAUAUGAGCGACAAGCUACACAUAAAACUUCAUGCACCAGAAUGGAUGUCACGUUUAAAAGUCAACGACAAUACCAAUCUGCAUAGAAGCAUAGAUUGUAUUUCAAAGGAACUCGGAAAUACGGCAGACACAGCGGAUAUUCUAAAGCCAGCUCCAUCCUGGUGCAAUGUGGCCAUGAGGUCGGGAGCACCUGGCCACAAUUUGGCUACACCACCCGCAUCCCAGCAUCAGCAGCAUAUAGUCGCCUCCUCAUCCUCAUCCUCCGGCGGAGGCGGUAGCGUCUUCAGUCCCAGUAGCUCUGGCCCAGCUGGAGCAUCCGGUAUCACCAAUUCCCAGUCAAGACCCAGUGUCGGUGCACUAUCGAAUUCCUCGUCCAGUUCGUCCCAUAAACAGCAAUUGAAGCAGCAGGCCAAGGAAGAAAAGCAGCUGGCCAAAGAAGAAAAGGAGCGUGCCAAGGAAGAAAAGGAGCGGGAAAAGGAAAAGGAGAAAGAAAGGGAAAAGGAACGACAAAGGGAAAAGGAAAAGGAGAAAGAACGAGAAAAGGAGAAGGAGAAAGAAAAGGAUAAGGAUGCGCAGGGAGCAGCAGCAUCCACAUCUACAGCCACCACUGAUGAUGAGGCUAAAGCCGCUGAAUUGGCCGCCAAAAAGUCCCGUCUCAAGCAAAAGCUGGUAAAAAGUGCGAGGUCCGUAGCCAUAUUCUCGCUCAAAUUGAAGGAGCGGAGACAGCGUGAGGCGGAAAAGGCAGCCACCAUAGCCGUUGAGCAUGCCAAGGCUCUGGCCAAGCUGCCUAUGCCUCAGCCUGUGGGCGGCGAAUUGUCCCUUAUACCCAUCGAACACCUAAUACAAAUUGAGGACAUCAUACCUGCGAUGAAGGCUGCAGCCGCCGCAUCGGGAACGACAGCAACGACAUCGUCCAGUCAGGCAGGACCAUCGAUGUAUCAUCAGCAGCAGCAGCAACAGCAGCAGCAUUACCAUCCACCUUCACAUGCACAUCCACAUACGGAUAAUUAGGCUUCUUAAAUAUUAAGAUUGAUUAACCACCCCUUCGCACACUUUGUAAAUAGUUUUCUAUGCACCCGCCCCAUCUAGCCGAGAUUUUAUCGAAGUUACUGAUGAUAUAUGAGCAAAUUUGCUGAAUGUGUGUCUUGUCCAGAGUUGGAAGCAACUAAUUAACUACACUUAGUGGUGUACCGUAUAGCGAAAUUAAGUUACUCAAUUAACUAAUACGAACAUGUUUUUUCGGAAAUCAUUUCAUAUACAAAUUUAUCAAGUUUUGUAUGGAAGGUGUUAAAUUGAAAAUGUAUUUAAAUUGGGUAAUGUUUUUGGCAAAAACAGAUUCCCGGAUAUAGCGCCAAUAGUAAUGCAUUCAUAGAAAUCGUAGUCAGCGAAAAAACAAUAAUUUUUAACAGCGAAGUUGUGAAACGAAUUUUUCUUUAGCGUUUUAGCUGUUAAUGUGUUUUUAGUAGACAUUGUUGCUUAGCGUUUAGCGUUUAAAAAAAAAAAUUUGUUACAUAAAAAAUGUUGAAAAAGUUACAUUUGCAUUUAUGUUGCCAGUGAACGAAUAGUAAAUAGUUACGAAUAUUAAAUAACAAACACAAUCAAACACUCUCACACGAAAACCAAAAUCAGACAACACAGCGACACGCAUAACUGUGAGAUAAUAUCGUCCAUUGUUCCUUCCAUAUACAAGGAUAACGCCUUCGCACUCGCUUUUAGCUAUGGUACAACAGAUCGGAUAAAACACUUACUAAUUGCAGCUUGCUAUCAACGACGAAAAAUAUUCAUUACUUGCUGCAAAUAUUUUCCUCGUUUUACUAAGUAUUGUAUUUGCUUGAUCAAAAGAAAACGAAAAAAAAAUCACACUAUCGACAUCUAGUCAGAAGAUCUAAACUUUAACAUAGAUGCACCCAAACACAAAGGAUAUUUGUAAAUAUAUUGUACGAAUUAAGUGUAAUUUAAAUGAGGUAUACAAACUAUACUAAUGUAAUGAUUAUAUGUGCUCUUGUGUUGAAAAAAAUCAAAGUAAAGCCAUUCA